AUGAUUGGAAGGGCAGCCGUUCGUAGUAGUAAUGGUAGUGGUUUUAACAGCCUGCUCUCCUUGAGAGCAGGUAGCAUGAUGUGCUACUCCACUCAAAGUUCUGCCAUUUCUUCAACUCUUUUGUUGUCGAGAAAUCCAGUGAUAACAUCAGAUGUACCUAAAUUUGAAGCUCAAUAUUAUAAAUAUCAAAAUGAAUUAUGGAAAAGAUUGAUGUGGACCUUUCCUAGCUGGUUUUACUUCAAGAAGGGUACCAUUUCCGAAGUUGCCUACAGAGAAUUAAACCCACCUCCAGUAUUCAACAACCCUCGUAUUGAGUUCCCAAAGGGUAGACCAGUAAUUGUACAUCAAAGAGAUAGACGUUUCAAGCAAGAAAUCAAGGUGCCCAAACUGUACAAGGAUGCCAAGGCUGCCGAAGAAGGCGAAGAAGUUGGUGCUACCUCGGGUGAUUCAUCCAAGGGUGACAGUAUGUCUAGACAAGUUAUUCCAAACUCUAGAACUACUGAAGCUGACAAGACCAAUGACUUGAAGAGUUUAGAACGUAAGCUUGCUCGUACUUUAUACUUGACCGUCAAGCCUCAAGGUAAAUGGAUUCUUCCAAACUUCCCAGAAGAAACCGCCAGCGAAGAAGUCAAGCCAUUGCAUACUUUGGCCGAAGAAGGCUUGUAUAAGUUGGGAGGCUCCAACAUUAACUACUUCAAUGUCUCCAAGACUCCAUGCCACGUAUAUAAGGGGGACUCGGCACAAAAGGAGUACAUUAUCAAGUCUCACAUCCUUGCCGGAAUAUUCGAACCUCAAACUGCCGACUUGGAUUUCAAGUGGUUGACCAAGGAAGAACUUAAGGAUACUUUGGAUAAAUCCUACUACCAAGACAUUGAACACUUGUUGUCCGACGUUUAA